CGGAAAAAAAACUUUACUGGAAAUGUACAGUAAUGAAUUGUCCAGCACAUAUUCACACGGAUACAAAUAACAACUUACUGUACAAAAAAGGGGAGCACAAUCAUUUGCCUGAAUCAGAGGAUUUUAUGGUGAAAAAAUUUCGAGCCGCUCUCAAGGAACGAGUGGUAAAUGAAACGAUACCAAUACAAAAAAUUUAUGACGAAGAAAUCGUCAAAGCAAAUUUUUCAUCGAACACAUACAAUCAGGUUUAAAUCGUGCACGAAGAAAACUGACACCAACAUUACCUACAUCAAAUUUAUUCGAUAUACCGCCUGGAUAUCAAACAACAGCAUCGGGUGAAACAUUUUUAAUUUGUGAUAAAAUGGUCUCUCGAAAAAAAAGGAUGUUAAUAUUCAGCAGUCCAAAGCAGCUACAACUGUUAUUUGAUAUUUCAAUGGUUUUUCUUGAUGGAACGUUUUAUGCAACACCGUCAUUUUUCGAUCAAAUCUUUACUAUCCACGGCUUGAACUUUUCCAUGUAUAUUCGCAGUGCUGCCCGAUCGAAAAAAGCAACGUAUCAAGAACUAUUUCAAGAAGUAAAAUCUAUUGCGGCAUCUAUGGGUCAAAUAUGGCAACCCGAUCAAAUCAUGUUUGAUUUUGAAACAGGUCUCAUGCCAGCAGUAUCUGCAGAACUUCCUUUAUGUGUUCAUAAAGGCUGUUUCUAUCACUACUCGCAGUGCUUGUACCGACGUAUUCAAUCUACUGGUUUAGCUACAGCUUACUCUCAAGACGAAGCAUUACGAAGUUGUUGCAAAAAGCUCAUGGCUCUUCCAUUUCUACCAAUUAGUGAAGUUGAAAAUGCUUUUUAUUCUUUACGUACAACAGCUGAUCAAGAGGUAAAAAAAACUCCGUGA